CCAAACCAGGGCCAGGAUAGAGAUGGCAUCUGCAGGUCGUGGGGUCAGCACCACUACGAGACGUUUGAUGGAAUCUAUUUUUACUUCCCCGGGGCCUGUUCUUAUAUUUUGGCCCAGGACUGCCACUCGGCUACCCCACAGUACACAGUAUGGGUUCACAACAGUAGAGCCUGUGAAGGGAGUGUUUAUUCCUGUCCGAGAGCUCUCAGUCUGUUCUUCCCAAAUGAGGAAGAGAUCCACAUCUCUGGAUAUCAGGUCCACCAGGGCGGCCGCAGGCUGAGCUUGCCUCAGACUGUAGGCGGAGUGUUUAUUGAGAGACUGGCCGAUUACCUUCUCGUGAAGAGUGCGUUCGGCUUCUCUCUGGCCUGGGACGGAGGCUCAGGUGUCUACCUGAAGAUGAGCGAGGAUCACCAGGGUGCGCCAUGCGGUCUGUGCGGAAACUUUAACCACGUCGCUGGUGAUGAUCUCACCACUGCUCGCGGCAUUCGGACAGAUGAGCCCGCAGUAUUUGGUAACAGUUGGGCUUUGGACCUCCCCCAUGAGCGAGCUUGCCCCUCAGUAGAUCUAGACUUUAAUGGGCCCUGCCAAUCUGAGUCUGACAUGGAUGAUGCCAUAGAGAAAUGCAGUGCCCUUCUAUUCUUUCCAUUUCUGUCAUGUCAUGAAAACAUUGACCCCAAUCCUUUUGUUGCCAGCUGCGUCUCAGACCUUUGUGUAUCUGACGAUGAGGAAACCUUUUGUCGUGCAUUGGUAGAGUAUACUCGAGCCUGCUCACAUGUUGGAUAUCCUGUUAGAGAGUGGAGAGACAGUUUUCCAUCAUGUUAUGAUGGCUGUGAGGACAGUUUUGUGUACAGAGACUGUAUCAGUUGCUGCCCACCCACUUGUACAUUUGAGAAAGAGUGUCUAGGAACAAAUCUACAUUGUCUGGAUGGAUGCUACUGCCCUGAUGGUCUUAUUUUACAGAAUGGAACGUGCAUUGCUGUUUCCCAGUGUCCGUGUAUAUACCAUGGGUCAGCAUAUGUGCAAGGACAGGUUCUCCAUCAGGGUUGCAGUGUUUGUGUAUGCAUGGGAGGAGUGUGGAACUGCACGGAAAAUAACUGCACAGCCGAGUGUUCAGUUGUAGGCGAUGUGUUUGUCACCACGUUUGACGGCAGGAUGUUUCUCCAACCAGGAACGUGUCAGUAUGUGCUGGCAAAAAGCCGCAGUAGCAGCAGAUUUACAAUUAUGCUGCAGUAUACUACCUGUGCAGAGCAACAGGUUUGUGUUCAGUCAGUGACGGUAGUGUUGGAUGAAGAUGUAAGUCGUCAGAUCACCAUGACAAGAGAGGGGGAGGUGAUAGUUGGUGUCAACCCAGCGCCUGCUCUGCCCUAUGUGGAUGAUGCAGUCGAGGUGCGGCGACUGACCUCUGUGUUUACACAGCUGAAGACAGGGAUUGGUCUGAAGAUGCAUUAUGAUAGUAGUGGCGGGCGGGUCUAUGUACAGCUGGACAGCCAGUGGCAUGGACAGACACUGGGCCUUUGUGGAACCUACAAUGGAAACCUACGAGAUGACUUCCUGUCUCCAGCAGGUAUGAUAGAGGGAACUCCUCAGCUUCAUGCCAAUGCUUGGAAGGUAUCAUCUGCUUGUGUUGCUCCAGUUAAUCUGCCCAUCAUAGACCCAUGUGAGAUGAACCAACACAAUGUGUUCUAUGCAUCGCUGUGUGAGGAGCUCCUGGGGUCUUUGUUUGCUCCAUGUCAUGGCUAUAUCAGUCCAAACUUGUACCAGCAGCAGUGCCGCUACCAGGCCUGCCGCUGCGGGAGCAGCUGUCUGUGCACUUUACUGGCUCACUACACUUACCUCUGCUCCAAACACGGAGUUGACAUAAACUUCAGAUCGCACAUUUCUGAGUGUGGUGUGGUGUGUCUUGGAGGUAUGCUGUACCACUCGUGUGUCUCGUCCUGUGGCCGGUCCUGUCGUGUACUGUCCAGCACUGAAACAUGUGACCAUAAUGAAUGUGCAGAAGGAUGUGGCUGUCCAGACGGCAGUUACUAUGAUGAUGUGCGGCAGCGCUGCGUCCAAAUGUCACAGUGCCACUGUUACUCUAUGGGUGGUGUGUCACAGCCAGGGGAGGUGACCUUCAGUGCAUCUGGCACUUGCCUGUGUAGAAAUGGCAAGAUGGAGUGUGAGCCAGAGGAAAAAGAAGGAGAUAGUGAGGAGAUUGGGGACUGUCCAGAGGGAAAAGUAUACCACAGCUGCACUGAGCAGAGAGGAGGGGUGGCCUGUGCACCGACCUGCCGUAACCUGAUGUUGAACCUCACCUGCCCGCCAAAUACACCGUGCAUACCUGGCUGUGUCUGCCCUCCAGGGCUGGUGCUACACCAGGGUCAGUGUUACUAUCCAGAGAACUGCCCUUGUGCCUGGCUUGGACUUGAAUACCUUCCUGGGCAAACUGUGGAAACACCUUGCUACACAUGUGUGUGCCACCGUGGCUACUUUAACUGCAGCUACUCCCCGUGUCCGGCUGUAUGCACUAUUUACAGCGACAGACACUACCACACUUUUGACGGCCUCGAGUAUGACUAUCACUCUGACUGUCAAGUCUACCUCCUUAAAAGUGCUGGUGAAACCGAGGUGUCCAUUGUUGCCCAAAACAAGGACUGCUAUGAAAGCGGCAUUGUCUGCACUAAAAUACUGGUCAUUCACGUGGGACUUACCAAGAUUUACUUCACUGACAACUCUGGCAAUCCAAGCCCAUCCACUGUUGUGGGUCGAGGGUCAGAGUUUGAACUGUGGAAAGCUGGCUACUACACUGUGGUUCACUUCUCACAUCAGGACCUGACCAUCCUCUGGGACCGCAAGACAACUGUACACAUCAGAGCUGGACCUCGUUGGAAGGGUCUUCUCAGUGGCCUGUGUGGAAAUUUUGACAGUGUGACUGUUAAUGACAUGACCACAUCCAGUCACAUGGAAGUCAAUAACGCGCAAGCUUUUGGAGACAGCUGGGCACUGGGACAACUUAUGAUUGUGAAUAUUAUAAUCAAGCUAGGUGAUGGCCCAUUUUCCUUGGUUAGUGCCUUCUAUAAUGACACCAUGUUUGGAGCAAAUCGCACCAGCAGCUCAGUCUUCCCACUGGUCAGAGAUAGACUUGGGAAGUUGCCUCCACCAGGUCUACUGUUUAAUUUUAUGAUCACGGCAGGCCUACACAAGGACCGAACAUCACGGGUCCCUACGGUGUCCCUGGAGUCUGCAGAGAGACCCAACUAUUUCCUUGUAGUGUCAGGGCGCAGCCGUCUCCAACUAGAGCGGUGGAAUCGAGGGGUGGAGUUCAGUCGUAGAGCAACCUUCAUCCACCACCAGGGGCUGUUUCUGCCAGGUUACACUUCGUUUGAGCUUGUCAGCCAAGCCGGAGUCUUCCUGACUCUUACACGCAAUACAGCACGAGCCCAGAGAUACGACACAUCAGAGAGCUUCAAAGCGAGCAGCAGCUUCACACUGGAGGAGAGCUCUUUUGUAAUACCUUACCGUAUGAUGUGCGAGUGGCGCUACCAGGCCUGUGCAAACCCCUGCGUCCACACAUGCAGUGAUCCAGAUGCCACACGCUGCCAGUUCCUGCCUCCUGUAGAGGGCUGCUUCCCACGUUGUCCUAAGCACAUGGUCCUGGAUGAAAUCACAAGAAGAUGUGUCUACACAGAGGACUGUGUAUUACUUCCACCAACUCCAACACCAUUUGCAUAUGUCACAUGGUCCAACAGAACUGUUACAGCUCCACCAGCAACUACGACCAGCCCUACUACAACUUCCAUGACAACCACAAGCUCUACAACUACAACCACUACCACCACUAGGAAAACAACUACCUCCUCAACCACUGUUGCACCCACAACUACGACACCCACCACUUCCACUCCUCCCAGCACAACUUUAACAACUGAGUUUGUCACAACAAUUCCAUCCACAACUCCUCCAACCACUAUAGUUUUUACUACUUCCACUCCUUCCACCCCUCCAGAAACCACCACUCUGAGCACGACCGAAACGACCACAGUGGCAACUUCACCCUCCACCGCACCUACUACAGUCCCCUCCACGUCUUCUCCAUCUCUUACUACUACUGCUUCCACCAUAAUGUCCUCCACAGAUACAUUCACAACCGUUAUCACACCAUCCCCAGAGAUGUCCCCUUCACCACCUUUGGCAUCUCCUACCAAUGUCAUUACAACUGCUCCCACCUCCACGGUACCAGAACCCACCACCAAAUCCCCCACUACGCCUCUACCAGAAACGGCAGCAACGACCACCGCAGCCCCACCUUCUACAACCAUCGAGUCCACAACUGAGCCUUUUACAAGCCCUGAUACUUCUCGUACAACAGAGGCACCAACAACUGCUGUUCCAUUCGUUUUGCCCACAAGUCCAUGCACGCCCCCGUUCUCCUAUCGUAUUGAUGAGUGUGCUGAGCUGAUCUGUUUCAAUGGAGAGCUGCUUCUUCACAACUCCUCCCUCCAUUGCCGUUACAACACGAUUCCACCCCAGUGCAGUCUGUUGGGCCUGCCAAUCCUCAUCAACACAGACCCCUGUUGUCCACAGUGGCAGUGCCCAUGUCGCUGCACUGUGAUGUCAGACCUGCGUGUCAUCACGUUUGAUGGUAACAAUGUGGCCUUAUAUGACAAUGGCUCUUACAUCUUGGUUAACCUUCCCAGAGAGACUAUUAUUGGUACUGUGGAGAAAUGUCCAACCAGUCAGAGUGUGAACUCCAUCAGACGAAUUAGUCCUACAGGAGGAACAUCAGGUCUCUGUUUUAAGAAGCUAAACAUUACAACCUCAUCCUACAGAAUAAUUAUAAACCGACUUGAUCGAAAGGUGACGGUAAACUACAGACCUGCAAAGCUCCCAUUUUCACGUCACUCCUUUUAUGUGGAAGACACAGGCAGCAUGUAUCUGAUCCACACACCUGGCAGAAUGAGCAUCCAGUGGUAUCAUAGCACUGGGAUUAUUGUGCUGCAGUACAUUGCUCCUAGUAAUGCAUCUGUGCCCACGCGGGGCCUGUGUGGUUGCUGUGAUGGGAACCCAGAAGAUGACCUAAAGCUUCCCAAUGGCACAGUGGUGAGAGAAGUGGGAGAUAUGAUGCUCUUUCUGCAGGCAUGGAGAGUCCAAACCACAGAUGAGGCUGAACACACACGAAGGGUUGGAGACAACUGCACCACGGGGGACUGCUCCACCUGUCUCUCUAUGCUUCGCCAAAGGGCCUUCACACCAUGUCACGGCAAGGUCCCUCCAGAGCAGUUCUGCGACAUCAUGUGGGCGGGAGACUUGCAUUAUAAGGAUCACCAGUGUGACUUUCUGGCUGCCUAUGUGGCGGUCUGCUACACACAUCAAGUCUGCAUCAACUGGAGACGGCACAAUUUCUGCCCAUUGCGAUGUCCCCCUGGCAAAGAGUAUCUGCCUUGUGUGAGCACCUGUGCCAGCCGCACAUGUUUGAAUAAAGACUACUAUGAGGAAACUACCUGCUCUUUCAUCAGAGAGGAGUGUGUGUGCCGCAGUGGAACCAUCCUGCACCGUGCUGACUCACCUUACUGUGUAACUGAGGACCGUUGUGUGUGUACAGACAAUGAAGGUAACCCCCGAGGCCCGGGCGAGGUGUGGAAUGGCUCUGCUCGUGGUUGCUGUCUCUACAAGUGUAUGGAGAAUGGAUCGGUGGUGGCCGUCGAACCAGACUGCAGCGCCGUCCCCACACCACUGUGUGAGAGGGAGGGGGAGUACGUGCUGGAUGUGGUGGAAGAAGGCGCCUGUUGCCCAAAGAAGAUCUGUGAGUGCAACAUGACCAUCUGUGACAGUGAAGCUCCGCCUUGUGAUAAUGGUAACAGGCUAGUGAUUGGUUACAGUGCUCUGUCCUGCUGUCCAGAAUACAGAUGUGAAUGUGACUCCAUGGCGUGCCCUCCUGUCUCUGCCCCCAACUGCAGAGAGGAUCAAUUCCUCGUCGAAGUCAGGGGUCAGAAAUCCUGCUGCUACUCUUAUCUGUGCGUUUGUGAGUCAUGUAUUGAACCAAUUCCUACCUGCUCACAUGGAGAAAUUCUGGCUGUAGAUCUGAACACCACCAGCAGCUGCUGUCCACAGUACCAUUGUGUGUGUGACAUUAACCUUUGCUCAGAAUCAUCUGUGAGCUGUGCACCUGGUCUCUCCCUGAUUCAAACUGCUGUUCCCGGGCAUUGUUGCCCUCAGCACCACUGUGAGUGCCAAUGUGAGGACAGCACUCGCCCCAUAUGUCAGGUGGGGGAAGCGCUGGUUGAAGUUCCAGACAGCAGCACCAACUGUGCCUGCCCUCAGUAUAUUUGUCAAAAAGCUGAGGUGUGUCUUUUCCAAGGAAUGACUGUGCUAGGACCAGGCCAGUCUCUUAUUCAGUACUUUGAGGGAGAACUGUGCUACACAGUCCAAUGCCUGCAUCACAAAGAUCCUCGCUCUGGCUUUUAUGCUAUGGAGAUCUCCUCUGUCAACUGCUCACAAAAAUGUGGAUCACACCAGGUGUAUGUACCAUCCACGGACCCCCAGGUGUGCUGUGGCUCCUGUAAAAACAUCUCCUGUACUUUCACCAACGAAAAUGGGAGUGCAGAGCUUUUCACUGCAGGGAGCUCCUGGGUAGAGAACUGUACCCGUUUUGACUGUAUGGAGACGGCAGUGGGAGCAGUCAUACUUGCCUCUGGGGUGGUUUGCCCUCCUUUCAAUGACACAGAAUGUGUUCAGAGUGGGGGUGUGGUCCAGAGCUAUGUCGAUGGUUGCUGCAGAAUAUGUAAAGAGGAUGGCAAGACAUGUAAACGUGUGGCCAUUCGAACUACCAUCAGAAAGGAUGACUGCAGGAGCAAUGCGCCGGUUACAGUUUACUCUUGUGAUGGGAAAUGUCCUUCUGCCACCAUUUUUAACUUUAACAUCAACAGUCACGCCAGGUUUUGUAAGUGCUGCCGUGAGAAUGGACUGCAAACCCGUACUGUCACACUCUACUGCUCUCGAAAUGCCACAGUCGUGGACUACAGCUUCCAGGAGCCCCUUGACUGUUCUUGCCAGUGGAACUAAAACAAGUACAGAUAACACUAAGAGCCUCACAAAUUAAGAGAAUGUAAGAGAGGUUGGGAAGGGGUUUUUUGAAUUUAUACUACUAACAGGCAAGCUUGAAACGCAGCCAUGUUUAAUUUAGUCAUUGACCAGAAUUCAUAGUUGUAACUGUAAGAUUUUUAAAGUGUAAGAUUGUCUCGGUGUAGUUUUGUUUGCAUUUUAGUUCUGUUUCUUAACCAGCAGUGUUUUCAAAUUAUUUAUCCCAUUGUACAUUAACAGUUAGAUAUAGGGUGGAUUUUGUGUUCAAAUGCUGUUUGUGCAUUGUAGUUUUUUUUAUUGCAUAGAUUCCCUCUUGUGUUUUGGUUUAAUAGAAAAACGAUGCUUUUUUAAGUAAGC